CAUCCUUCAGGGUAGCACUUGGACUCCAACGCGAGUCGGGGUACCAAUCCGGGCCACCAUCUUGAAGGAACAGACAUCUCUUUCACGCGCCAUCGAUUCCAUCAUCCCAGCGCCCAGCCGCAUCGAACAAGCACAGCAUGAGCGUCCAGGAACAGCUCGAGAGGUUGCAGCGUCUGGCAUCUCAGGAUGCGGAAGGGGACGGCUCGGCUCACAAGGCUCUGCUCAAGGGCAUCCGGGACCUUCAGCUGACUGUGGAAUCGCCAAUCGAGACGACCUCGCGGCUCAAUUUUCAGGCAUGAUGGAUUGCCUUCUCAGAGACGGGCAGAGGAACUUCAUGCUGACCGGGAUGCAGAUUAUGCAAAGUAUUUGUAGUCGUAUUGCGCUCGAGUACAAACUGUUGCAUACACUCGUCGCCCGGGAUGGAAAACCCAUCACUGCUUCCGAGCUGGCGAGCGAGUCUGGCGCAGAUGAGCUCUUGAUCAUUCGAGUCAUGCGCGUACUCGCCCCCAUUGGGCUAUGCGACGAGGUCGGGCCUCAGACAUAUGCCUCAAAUGUCAACACGCGUUUCAGAGUCUUACCAGGUUCGAUUGGGGCAGAAAAACACCACUUUGAUCUUGAUUUUGGGAUGGUAAGAAUUAUUCGUGAGAGCAUAGCAUUUGCGUGCUGACAUGUCCAACUAUCAGGGCGGCCGGCUUGUGGAAUAUAUGCGCGGGCCCGGAAUCCACCAGUUUGCCGACGAGCCAGGAGAGGUGACACUUUUCGAGUACGCCCUCGGCACCAAGACCAUCUUUGGCCAUCUUGAAAGGAACGAGGAGCAGAAGAAGUCUUUUGACGACUACAUGGCGUCCCGACGAAUGCCAAACGCGCCUCAGUGGUUCGAAAUCUUUCCGGCGGUGCAGCAGCUAGGUGACGUGCGAGGAGAUGCGGCCGUUCUCCUGGUCGAUGUCGGCGGCGGACCAGGACAGGAACUCGCACGUUUCAAAGAACGGCAUCCCGAAAAGCCCGGACGACUGAUUUUGCAAGACCUCCCGUUGACACUGCGGCGAAUCGAGAAACUUCCUGAGGGUAUUGAAGCGAUGGAGUAUGAUUUUUUCACACCUCAGCCAGUCAAGGGUGCGCGCGCGUACUUUCUCCGCGACGUGUUGCACAACUGGUCCGAUUCCAAGAGCGAGAGAAUUCUCUCGCGUAUAGUAGAAGCCAUGGACCCCGAGUACUCGACGCUGCUCAUUGACGACUAUGUCUUGCCCGAUACAGAUGCGGACCUGCGAGCUGCUGAAAUGGACAUCCUCAUGUGGUUACACACUUCAGGGCUGGAGAGGACUGUAUCGCAAUGGGAAGCGCUCUUCUCCAAGGUCGGCCUUGAGUUGGUAAAGAUCUGGAGAGCUGAAAGGGGGAAUGAGUCAGUCAUUGAAACGCGUGUGCGCAGGCGGUAGGUCGACGCUCAGCGCGCGCCUGCGGCAUGUGAGGAUGCAACAGUAUUUCCAGCAACAGCCGGAUGAGCUCCAGCCCGUCUUACAGGAAGAUAGCCACCAAAAAGAAUAGAGCGAUGGACUUUAUCCCAGCUUAAUGUCCAGCUGGUGG